AAAGAAUCCAAUUAACAAGUGUUAAGUUCUUAGUUGUCAUGAAUGAAUUGGGAAGUUCUACAGGUGCAAGUGAAAAAUAAGAAAAAGAUUUCACCGCUAGACUGCGGACAGUAAUCUGUGGGCAUCUAAAAGAUACAGUGGCUGUAUUAUACGAUAGCGCAGCCCGUAUUUCGCGCAAUCCAUAAAAAAUUAAACGGAAAUCGUCGUGUGCCAUGGGCUAUUCUAAUUUCAGCCGCGUCCGUUAAAAAACUGUUUUACACGAAAUAAACAAAAGCAAUUAAUUCAGUGUCAAAAUGAAUUCAUCGACAGAUUCCACUUUUUUAGAGUUAAAUACAAGUUUUAGUAAUAAACCCGAUUUAUAUGAAACCAGUGUUAGUUUGGAACCGUCCCACGGAUUUGAAACAGAGGAUUAUUAUGCAUGCGGCACUUUCAACUGUACCCCCACAGAGUUUGUUGCUUUUGUGCUUGGUCCGCAGACUUUACCACUUUAUAAGGCAAUUUUGAUAACAAUUAUAUUUGGAGGCAUUUUUAUAACUGGGGUCAUUGGUAACCUAUUAGUGUGCAUUGUGAUUAUUCGGCACUCGGCAAUGCACACCGCUACAAAUUACUACCUCUUUAGUUUAGCUGUCUCCGAUCUGCUGUACUUACUAUUCGGACUACCAACGGAAGUAUUUUUAUACUGGCACCAGUAUCCAGAUCUCUUCGGCAUGCCAUUUUGCAAAAUUCGGGCUUUUAUUUCCGAGGCGUGUACUUAUGUCUCCGUAUUUACCAUUGUUGCUUUUUCCAUGGAACGAUUUUUGGCGAUUUGCCAUCCGCUUCAUCUGUAUGCUAUGGUUGGUUUCAAACGUGCGGUUCGGAUAAUAACAGCUCUUUGGAUUGCAAGUUUCAUAAGUGCCAUACCAUUCGGAUUACUCUCGGAUAUUCAAUACCUUAAAUAUCCAUUAGAUGGUUCGCGCAUUGAGGAAUCAGCAUUCUGCUCCAUGUCUCCCGAGAUUGUUAAUGUCAUUCCCGUGUUUGAAGUAUCCUUUUGCAUAUUCUUCGUCAUCCCAAUGAUACUCAUCAUAUUACUUUAUGGACGAAUGGGAGCUAAGAUUCGAUCUCGAACAAAUCAAAAAUUGGGUGUUCAACCUGGCACCAACAACAGAGAAACACGAAACUCACAAAUGAGAAAAAAGACAGUAAUACGGAUGCUGGCCGCUGUGGUGAUAACAUUUUUUGUGUGCUGGUUUCCUUUUCACCUGCAACGACUUAUAUUUCUAUAUGCCAAGAAUAUGGAGAAUUAUUUGGAUAUAAACGAGGCCCUCUUUUCCAUUGCAGGCUUUGCCUACUACAUUUCAUGCACCGUCAACCCUAUAGUAUACAGUGUAAUGUCACGUCGCUACAGGGUGGCGUUCAGAGAACUUCUCUGUGGAAAGGCCGUGGGUGCAUAUUAUAAUAGUGGAUUUGCAAGGGAUCACUCUAGUUUCCGGGAGAGCACAGCCACAAGUCUUGGUAACAACAUAAAUUAUGACCGCGUUCAUUCUGUUCACGUUAGGUCAAGCAGGCAUCAAAAUAAUAAAAAUGAAGCUGACUGCUUACCUGCAAAUAGAGUGUUGAUAAAAAAGACAUACAGUCUUCCGCUACCAAAGAAUGCGGACUCCACCGUUCUUAGCACAACUGACAUUGUUAUCGUGCUGGAAAAUAGCCACACGGUUUGUGAAGAGCCCAAAGUUGAGAACGAUAUUUGGAUCGAAAACGAGGAAACUUGUAUUUAAGCUUAAGGACAUUUUAUCUAUUGAAGUUUAAAGACUAAACUGAAGAAGUCGAGUGAAAAACCCAAGGUUCUGUGCACAACUUUUAAUACCCAUUACUUUUAGUGUAAAAGGGUAUAUCCGGGGAAAAAUUUGGAACAGGCAGAAGGAGGCGUAUUCGACUAUAUAAAGUGUAUAUUCUUGGUCAGGAUCACUAGCCGAGUCGAUCUAGCCAUGUCCGUCUGACCGUCUCUCCGUCUAUCCGCCUGUCCGUGUGAACGCUGUGAUCUCUAAAGAUUUCCGAUUUAGGUUCCUUAGUUUUGUUACGCGAAUAUGCCACGCCCUUUCUAGUGCCUCCAAACUGUAAAGAAUCGUUCAUGACGUUCGCUGAUAUCUCAAAAACUAUCAAAGCUAAAGAGUUGGGAAUUUAGAUAUAGAUUCCUUAGCUAAGUUCGCAGUGCAUGUUUGUUACUCUAAUGUGCCACGCUCACUCUAACGCCCAAAAACCGCCCAACCCUGUUGCUCCUAAAGUCAUAGUGCUAGAAUCAAAUUUUUAACUGAAAUAUGUUGAUUGACCAAAAAAGAUUGCCACGCCCACUCUAACGCCCAUAGCUUUUAAAUCUGUCUGCCUCCCACAAUACCGUGUAUUGAAAUCGCAUGAAUGUGGCGCUUUACAAUAUCGCUUUGCUGCUUGUAUAUUUCCACCCCCUUUUUGCUCCCUUAAGCUAUGUAAUGGGUAUAUGAUAGUCGGGGCACUCGACUAUAGUGUUCUUCCUUGUUUUGUAGUUUAAAUGUAAUACCUAAGAUUUGUGUAUGUAGAAUACUUAGAUCGAAAUGAAGUAGUCUGUUCCAGGAAUUCGACUA